GUUCCGCAUAACGACUUGUGGUGGAGUGUUGCCAUAACAGGCAAGUGGCUAACGCUAAUGUUUGCUAACUAAUUAGCAGGAUAGGUUUUGUCAUUGUGCUUGUGUUCUAGUCUGAACCAUGGAACAGUGUGCCUGUGUGGAGCGGGAGCUGGAGAAGGUGCUCCAUCGCUUUGUAAUGUAUGGCCACCAGUCUGAGGAAAGGUUAGAUGAGCUCCUGCGCAGUGUCUGUGAGAUACGAGGGCAGCUAGUUGCUUUUGGAGUACAAGAUGCAGACUUAUCCGUCCUGACCCAGACUAUGGCCCAGUGUUGUAAGAAUAUAAAAGAAACGGUGCAGAUGCUAGCUUCUCGACAUAAAGACAUACAUGGCAGUGUGUCAAAAGUUGGCAAAGCCAUUGACAGGAAUUUUGACGCGGAGAUCAGUGCUGUGGUGGCAGAGACGGUGUGGGACACCCCAGAAAGACAGAAAUACUUGAGUGAGACCAUUGUGGAGCACCUGUACAGGCAAGGAAUGCUCAGUGUAGCAGAGGACCUUUGUCAGGAAUCUGGUGUAGUUAUUGACAUGAGUAUGAAGCAACCUUUCCUGGAACUGAACAGGAUCCUUGAAGCUCUGAGGAUGCAGGACCUUAGACCGGCAUUGGAAUGGGCCGUUACAAAUCGUCAGCGUCUUCUGGAUCUGAACAGCAGUUUAGAGUUCAAGUUGCAUCGCUUGUACUUCAUAAGUCUGCUCAGUGGAGGAAUUGGCAACCAAAUGGAGGCCUUGCAGUAUGCCAGGCACUUCCAGCCCUUCGCCACUCAGCACCAGAGAGAUAUCCAGAUAUUGAUGGGGAGUCUGGUGUAUCUACGUCAUGGCAUCGAGAACUCUCCAUAUCGCAGCCUGCUGGAGACGAAUCAAUGGGCUGAGAUCUGCAACAUCUUUACCCGGGACGCCUGCGCUUUGCUGGGCCUCUCCGUGGAGUCUCCACUCAGUGUUAGUUUUGCAUCAGGUUGUAUGGCCUUGCCAGUGCUGAUGAACAUUAAACAGGUAAUCGAGCAGAGGCAAUGCAGUGGAGUCUGGACGCACAAAGAUGAGCUUCCUAUUGAAAUUGAUCUAGGGAAGAAGUGCUGGUACCACUCCGUGUUCGCCUGCCCAAUUCUCCGGCAGCAGACCUCAGAGAGCAAUCCUCCCAUGAAGCUCAUCUGUGGCCAUGUUAUCUCCAGAGAUGCUCUCAACAAACUUACUAAUGCUGGGAAAUUGAAAUGCCCAUACUGCCCUAUGGAGCAGAAUCCGUCACAUGCCAAGCAGAUCUACUUUUGAUACCACACUCUCCUCAUCAAGGAUGAAGUAACCUGGAGUUCUUUACGUUUCCAGGACCCUUUACUCUGGCCCUUCUCUUCUGUCCCUGGCCUCUGGGCCUGUUAUUGUAAGCAUUAAGGUUUUAUCCCAGUGCUCCUCUGGACAGCCUUGGCCAUCCUUUAACCCAUCUCCGACCCUCCAACUUUGCAUCAUUUACAGAGUCUAGCAGGGACGGUCCAUCGACAGCUUGUAGUUGAGUGAAGAGUCUGUCGGAAACAUCCUCAUGAAGAAGCACCUCUGAAAAGGAUUAUUUGUUGAAACUCAUUUGCAAAUGCCUGCAGAGUUAUAGGCUUAUCUUUUUGGAAGUAUGUAAUACGAUUUAGUUUUUGUUUUCUCUGCUUUACUGAGUUGGAUGACUGCUUCAAUUUUCUUUUCCUUUUUUUUUUCUCACAGAAGCAUUUGAAUGAUUAUGAAUGGGUGUAGAGUUUGAGUAAAUGGUAUGGAUUCUGCUUUCUGAAUGGUAAUAAACUUAUAUUACACAUGAGAAAACCCACAAAGUAGCAAACUGCAUUGAAAGUUAACUAUUGGCUGGUGAAGGAAAGUGGAAGAGUGGAGGUCUAUUUUGAAUUGAGCUCUCGAUUGCGACCCAUUCCUCCUUUGUGUUGUAAUAAAGGCCUCGCAUAGCCUAAAGGUCGCUGCCGGCUGAUGCACAACGAUGAAUUCAUCAGCUUUUGUUUUCUGUGACUGCACCAGCAAAGUUUUCCUCAUUAUAGAAGCCAUUUGUCUUGUUCUAUGUAUGUAUUUAACAAACAUGACAAAAAGCAAAACAAAAAUAUAUACUACUGUGAAAUGUGUUCUGUUCCUAUUUUUCAUUACAACACCCCUCCCCCCAUGUAAAAUAGUAAAACUAUACAGCAACAUGCGUAAUCCACUCUACUGCAUAACUUUGAGAAGUAGAGGCUCAACAGUUGGAGUUAUUUGUGCCAUCGCUUCAGUCUGUGUGUCCUAAGCUAGCACGCCAUGUGAUUUGAAGAUGUAAAUUGGUGUGGUGGUAGCCAUAGUAUGACUUGCGGUGACUGUGGGCUUGUGACUAAGCUUUACGUAUCGUGGAUGGGGAAGUCUUCUGAUCAUUGUGGCUGUUUCAUAUAUACUCAAAAAUGCCUCUGCUGCAUAAGGUUAGCUUUUAUUUGAGGGUAAGUCAGGAUAGUAAUAAAAUCCAUACAUUUCCUCAGGGUACAUGGUAAUGGUUCAUACCACACUUUGCAUUUAGUAUUAAAGCUGUACAUUUAUAUAAGGAGUCUUGAACAAAGAUUACACAUAUUUCACUAUUGAGACUGAUAGUUGUGGGAGUUACUGGAGUUUGUAAAUAUUCAGUUUUUCAUGCACCAUCUUGCAUUUGGAUCCAGUGUGCAGGCAGUUGGAUGUACAGUAAAGUGUAAAUGGUCAAAUAAUAAUAGUGCAAGUUCUUGGUGUGACCUCUUGGAAAUGGUGAUGUCACCUCACUUUGUAGUGAGGCACAUUUCUUCAACAAGCACUACAUCAGCAUAGCUCACUCCGGCGAUGCAACAACACCCUCUUGUAUCAGAUCAGUUAAACAUUUUAUCCCUUUCAUAUUGAAUGUGUUAAACUUACCCGUUCAAUUUGGAAGUUUUUGUUGAGCUUUCUCUUUUCUUUCUUGGGUUGACAAUCACUUUUUGCUUCUUUUGAGUGUCCCUUCAGGUAGACUGCUAGCGCCUUGAACACCUGUCCUUUUCAUUUUGCUGAAUGUUUGCAUUUUUCUGCUUUUGUGUGUUAUGCAACUUUUACUGUAUAUAUUUAUCCUCUAACAUGUUUCAUAUACUUGCAUCUGAUAUUAAAAAUAAAAAUUUAUACUUCA